AUGUCUUCUCAGAAAGAGACAAUGCAAGUGUUGCCCAUCUGGGAGCUUUCCAUCCCUCUCCCAGCGGUGCUGAUGAUCACUCUGACUCUUUACAUGAUGGUCCUGGGGAUCGGACUGUGGAUCCGAUACUGCCUCAAGGACCGUUGCUCUUCAGAGUGCAGUGACUGCUGUCCAGACAUUUCCAUAUGUGAGGAGUGCUUUAGAUUUGGUGAAAUGUGUGACUGUCGCCUGCCAACCAUGCGCUCAUGUUUGGCCGUUCCGUGCUCGUCUCCUUCUUGUGGUGGGUGGGACUGUGCCUGCACCUGUACGCCUCCAGAGUGUGAGUCCUGCAACUGCCUCUGCUUCGAGAUCAGAAUCAAGUAA